AUGUCGCCUUCAAACCUCCCCCCAAUCUUCAAUGCGACCUCGCAGGACAUUGAGAUGCUCCUCGCAGCUCAAUCCCACCUCGGAUCCAAGAACUUGCAGGUUCACAUGGAACCCUACCUGUGGAAGACUCGCCCAGAUGGAAUCAACGUUAUCAACAUUGGCAAGACCUGGGAGAAGAUCGUUCUCGCAGCCCGCAUCAUCGCAGCCAUCGACAACCCCGCCGACAUCUGUGUCAUCUCUGCCCGUCCCUACGGCCAGCGUGCUGUCCUGAAGUUCGCCCAUCAUACCGGUGCCGUCGCCAUCGCAGGACGUUUCACCCCUGGUAACUUCACCAACUACAUCACCCGCUCGUUCAAGGAACCGCGUCUGAUCAUCGUCACCGACCCGCGCACCGACGCCCAAGCCAUCAAAGAAGCUUCCUACGUCAACAUUCCCGUCAUUGCCCUCUGUGACACCGACUCGCCCACCGAGUUCGUCGACGUCGCCAUCCCAACCAACAACAAGGGUCGUCACGCCAUCGGACUCGUCUGGUGGAUGUUGGCCCGUGAGGUUCUCCGUCUCCGUGGCUCCAUCGCCAACCGCGAGACAGAGUGGGAUGUCAUGGUUGAUUUGUACUUCUACCGCGACCCUGAGGCCGAGGAGAACAAGGAGGUCGCCGAUGAGGCCAAGGUCCCUGGUGCUGAUGAGGUCGGCCCAGCUGCUAUCGACCAAGGCUUUGGAGGAAAUGCUGACUGGGAGGUCUCUGGUGCCGGUGCCGGUGCUUUCGCUGCUGCCAGCGCUACUACCGCCGCACCAGCUGCUGCUGGCGGUCCUGGAUGGGACGCUGCUGGAGGUGAUGACUGGGCUGCUGCUCCAGCUGCUAGUGCCGAGUGGGGUGCACCUGACGCCAAGGCAUCCGAGUGGUAA